UUUCCCCAACAAGCGGCCUUGGCUUUUCCUUCAUCCCUUCUACCAACUUACUACCCUUUCUCUCUCUUGAACCAACAACAACAAACUUGUAUUAAUAUUAAUUAAUGCAAUGGCAAUAGAGUGCAUACACACCAUGGUGCCUCAACCAGCAAACCAAGAAAGUAGCAAAGAGCUGGUGUUUGAUGCCUCUGUCCUCAGACACCAACUCCACAUACCCUCACAAUUCAUUUGGCCUGAUGAGGAGAAGCCAUGUUUGGAUGAGCCUGAGCUACCUGUCCCAUUCAUUGACCUGGGGGGCUUCCUCUCAGGUGACCCUCUUGCUGCAAUGGAAGCCUCAACCCUUGUUGGCCAGGCAUGCCAAAACCAUGGCUUCUUUCUUGUUGUCAAUCAUGGGAUUGACCCAAAGUUGAUCUCUGAUGCUCACCUUUACAUGGACCACUUCUUUGCCCUUCCCCUGUCUCACAAACAGAGGGCUCAGAGGAUGCCAGGGGAACACUGUGGCUAUGCUAGUAGCUUCACUGGCAGAUUCUCCUCUAAGCUCCCUUGGAAAGAGACACUCUCCUUUCAGUACUCAGCUCACAAAGACUCACCACCCCUUGUCAAAGACUACUUGUGCAGCAAAAUGGGCAACGACUUUCACCAAUUUGGAAAGGUUUACCAAGACUACUGUGAAGCCAUGAGCAAUCUUUCUCUGGGUAUAAUGGAGCUUCUAGGAAUGAGUCUUGGAGUUGGUAACGACUUUUUUAGGGAGUUCUUUGAGGAGAAUAGUUCAAUAAUGAGGCUGAAUUACUACCCUCCUUGUCAAAAGCCUGACCUCACUUUAGGCACUGGACCUCAUUGUGAUCCAACAUCUUUGACCAUUCUUCACCAGGACCAGGUGGGUGGCCUGCAAGUUUGUGUUGACAAUGAGUGGCAUUCCAUUAGACCAGAUUUCAAUGCCUUUGUUGUCAAUAUCGGUGAUACGUUCAUGGCUCUUUCAAAUGGGAGAUACAAGAGCUGCUUGCAUAGGGCAGUGGUGAACAGCGAGACAACAAGAAAAUCUUUGGCCUUCUUUUUGUGCCCGAGAAGUGACAAGGUGGUGAGUCCACCAUGUCAAUUAGUGGACAAAUUGAGCCCAAGGCUGUACCCAGAUUUUACAUGGCCCAUGCUGCUUGAGUUCACUCAAAAGCAUUACAGGGCUGACAUGAAAACCCUUGAGGCAUUUGCCAACUGGCUUCAACGGAAAAGUAACUAAAAUUUCAAAAACCACGUGAAUUCAAGUGGAAGGGGAAGAGGAGUUUCUUCAUGUUUUUGAGUAUUAUGCUAAUGGUACACUACCAAUGAACCAAACAAGGAAGAUAAAAUACCUCACAAGGAAUCAAUAAACAAAAUUCAUCGCUUAAUUUUGUAUUUUUCAUUUCAUAAUAUAGAACACUUCUCCAUGUAAUGUGCAUAUAUGAUAUGGUAAUUGAAGCGACUUUUCUAGAACAA